UGUAGUCUUCCUAAGCACUUAAUCAAAGGCGACAUUAUUUUGCCUUUGAGGUAACACAGCGGCAAGUUAUUUCGCCUUAAAGAAGUCAUAUUUCAGAUUUGUUUUAAUAAAAGCAUGAGAAGAGUAACGUUCUUUGUUAAUGGAACCUCAAAAAAUGGAAAGGUUGUAGCUGUGUAUGGAACUCUGUCAGAUUUAUUAUCUCUUGCGAGUAAUAAGUUGGGAAUCAGAGCUUGCAGUUUGUACAACAGCAAAGGUGGGCUCAUCGAUGACAUUGCACUUAUCAGAGAUGAUGACGUCUUGUAUGUCUCAGAAGGGGAUGCUUUUGUGGAUCCUCAGAAUGCCUCCAAGGCCUCCGAUGACUCCUGCUCAGGGGCUCACACUGAUUGGUUGACCCUCAAUAUCGGUGGACGUCUUUUCACCACAACACGGAGCACUUUAGUUAGUAAGGAACCUGACAGUAUGUUGGCCCAUAUGUUCAGGGAGAAAGAUGUGUGGGGUAACAAGCAGGAUGAGCGUGGAGCCUACCUGAUCGAUCGAAGCCCUGAGUACUUCGAGCCCAUUCUGAACUACCUGCGGCAUGGACAGCUGAUUGUUAAUGAUGGAAUCAAUCUCCUAGGUGUGCUGGAGGAAGCCCGGUUCUUUGGGAUUGAACAGCUUGCUGAGCAGCUUGAAGUAGCCAUAAAGAAUACCCAUCCUCCUGAAGACCACUCUCCGAUCUCUCGCAAAGAGUUUGUACGCUUCUUGUUGGCCACCCCGACCAAAUCAGAGCUUCGUUGCCAGGGUCUGAACUUCAGUGGGGCGGACCUCUCUCGGCUGGACCUGCGAUACAUCAACUUCAAAAUGGCCAACCUGAGCCGCUGCAAUCUCACCCACGCCAACCUGUGCUGCUCAAACCUGGAGAGAGCCGACCUCUCCGGGGCCAAUCUAGAUGGUGCUAACUUGCAAGGUGUCAAAAUGCUUUGCACAAAUGCUGAAGGAGCAUCUCUAAAGGGAUGCAAUUUUGAAGACCCCUCUGGACUCAAGGCAAACUUAGAAGGUGCCAACCUGAAAGGUGUGGAUAUGGAAGGCAGUCAGAUGACUGGUAUCAACCUCCGUGUGGCCACACUAAAGAAUGCCAAACUGAAGAACUGCAAUCUGAGGGGCGCCACCUUGGCUGGUACUGAUCUCGAGAACUGCGACCUGUCAGGCUGUGACCUGCAGGAGGCAAACCUCAGAGGCUCCAAUGUCAAGGGCGCCAUUUUUGAAGAGAUGCUGACUCCGCUGCACAUGUCUCAGAGUGUGAGAUAACUCUUGCACCACACGAAACAUUCCAUUCAGAUUCGGAGGAGGAGUGGUGAAGAAGUUGGGGUGAGGGGUUCUUGGCAUGGCGCUCAGUGCGCCAGUGGAGCACACACUACACCCCUCCAACCCCCUAGUUCACCCCAGCCCACCCCCAUGUUCCGUUAGAUGCCCUGGAAAACAUAUGCAAUACUGGCGGAUAGCAGCCGUUAUCUCCUAAUCCCCAAUCCCUCGUCCUUGCUUCACUUUAUUCUCCUGCACUAGUGCACAACCAGGGUGCUUAUCUUUUACUUUUCAAGAGCAACCUGCGAGCUAGUGCAGAGUGUCUUGUUUUUCACCUUGUCCCAUUAUUUAUUUCUUGACAUAUAGCUGGAAUGACUGCCUGGACUUACUGUUGUUUUGUGUUAGACAUUGCUCAUUCUGGUUUGCGGGGGUGUUUGUAUACACCCACCAUU